UUUAUGUUUCUGUUAAUAGUGGUAAGGUUUUUGGCAUUUCGUCUUUUUUAACAACUCUUCAUAACGAACAUCCCGUAAAAAGUAUUAAUUGGUCGGUGACUAUAAAAAUGAGCUCUCACGGAAGACAGCGAACCAUCAGUAUGACCAACGAUAUCAGCAUUAUAUUUAUCCGCGCUGUAAAAAAAAAACCAGUGAUCUGGUGCAAAAAUUCACCAGAUCAUAAAAAUAAGCAGGCGCAGAUAAAUGCUUGGAUGGAGCUAGAAGUUGAGUUUGAGAUGCCAUGGGAACAACUACACAAAAAAUGGAUCUCGUUGAACAGUUCUUUUCGACAUUAUAAGAAAAUUGAAAGCAAACAAGUUGGAAAAAAACAGACUACGCCAAAAUGGUAUGCUUACAACGAAUUACAAUUUUUAAACACGGCAACAGACACGUCCUCCUCCUCCGACAUGCCAGGAGAGUCGCCACCACCAUCCGGUCCGUCUUUUUCACCCACUGACGAAACUCUGAAUCGUGACGAGGAGGAAUUUUUGAAGUGGUUCGUAGAAGAAUUUAAAAAGUUUCCACCAAAUUGCCGCCAGCAUAUAAUGGAAAAAACUCUAAAAUGUGCUGCGAAUCCCUAUAAAAUUGAGAAAUACUAUGACGAAUAAAAAAAAAUUGUAGACGUCGGUUCGUAGAAGAAUUUAAAAAGUUUCCACCAAAUUGCCGCCAGUAUAUAAUUGAAAAAACUCUAAAAUGGGCUGCGAAUCCCUAUAAAAUUGAGAACUGUGACUAAUAAAAAAAAUUGUAGACGUACCUAAAUCCUCACUUAA